UGGCCAGUCAGUUUUCUGCAGUGGCCUGUGCCACCCAAGGCCACUUCCUGUUCACCCUACUGAGCCGAUUGUGAGGAACAUGAGCCUGCAAAUGCAGUUGAUGGAAAGAAUUUCAGUAUGCUUUUCUGUGUUUCCAGAUCAGUCAAAUUAUAAUUACAUAAAAACACAUGAUGGAGUAUUUGAGGUCAGUAGUGAUUAUACCGUGUAGUGAAACAAAAUGGAUGCAUGUGCAAACACCUACAGUCACUCUGUAGAAGUCAGGAAGUGAAAGCGGUGGCCAAACUCAGAGAAGAUACAGGAAACAAAUUCACACUCAGGCAGUCACUCUGACUAUUGUCGCUUCACAGCCACUUCACUUUUGACAACAUGGCCGACAGGAGAAUUGCCAUCUUGGGAAAAACUGGAGCUGGGAAAAGCAGCCUGGCUAACACCAUAUUUGGAGAGGAACUGUUCAAGACCUCCCACAAUCUCAACUCUGAAACAAGAAAAUGUCAAGCAGAAACCAGAUCUGUCAAUGGGAGAAACAUCACUUUGAUCGACACUCCUGGUUUCUUCGACACGGAUGGUGAUGAUGACAAGCUGAAGCCUGAGAUAGUGAGGUGUAUCACAGAGUGCGCUCCUGGGCCUCAUGCUUUUCUCAUUGUGCUCACGUGGGGAAGAUACACAAAGCAGGAGCAGGAUGUCAUCAUCAAAAUAAAUGAAUACUUUUCUGAGGAAGUUUUCAAAUACACAACAGUUCUCUUUACUCAUGGUGACCAGCUCCCUGCAGGAGAGACAAUUGAGAAUUUGGUUCACCAGAACGAGUCUGUGAGUGACCUGGUGAAGAAGUGCGGAGGUCGCUGCCACGUGAUUGAUAACAAAUACUGGAAGAACAACCAACGGGAUGAAUACAGGAGCAACAAGUACCAGGUGGAGGAGCUACUUAAGUCAGUAGACAAGACAACUGAAGCAAACAAAGGAGGCUACUACACCAAUGAGUUGUUCCGAGUAGUACAGGAAAUAAUUGAACAAAAGAAGAUGCGCAUGAGAAAGUCAUCGGGAAACAUGUCAGAAGAAGAGAUCACACAACAGGCUAAAGACAGGGCAUUUAGGAAGAUCUGGAUCAAACUGGCAGGUGUUGCAACAGGUGCAUUGUUAGGAGCUUUGUUUGGUGCAGUAGUGAUGGGUGGAGUAGUUGUCUCAGCUUUAAAGGAACUAGUGCCUGUGGCCAAAACAGUUGUACUAGCAGCAAAAGGAGCAGCAGCAGGAGCAGCUGGUGCAGGAGGAACAGCAGCAGGAGCAGCAGGCGCAGGAGCAGCAGCUGCAGGAGGAACAGCAGCAGGUGCAGCAGCAGGAGGAGGAGCAGCAGCAGCAGGAGCAGCAGCUGCAGGAGGUGCAGCAGCAGCAGAAGCAGCAGCAGCGGCAGGUGCAGCAGCGGGAGGAGGAGCAGCAGCAGCAGCAGGAGCAACAGCAGAAGGAGCAGCAGUAGCAGGGGGAGUAGGAGCAACUGGAACAGCAUUCAUCUCACUUACUUCGGUAUCUGCUGCAGUGGGAGCAGUAGUGGGAGGUUAUACAGGAUAUCAUGCAGCUGAGGGAGCAGACACGCCAUGGGAAGCAGUAAAGAUGUCAGCAGCUGCUGUCAAGGAGGGAGCCCAGUCUAUCAUAGAUGGAGUGAGCGAUUGUUUGAAUGUUUCAAGUAAACCACCAGAUUCAAAGUUAAAAGAGAGUUAAAACCUACAAUGAGCUGUGACCACUGAUGAAAGGGAGGAGAAUAUAUCAUUAAAGUCAUGUCUCCCUGCAGAUCACAUGAAAAUCUAUUUAACCCAUCGUUAACCAUUGAGCUGAAGAAUGUUUAUUCAUAUGUGAUAUGUCACAGGUUUUAUCUUGUCUGUGCUUCAAGCGCUUUUUCCUGUUUCACAAUCUAUCUUUAUGCCUCCACAUCAGUGAAAGAAUUUAUGAUUUCAGGUUGUCUGUCCUUCCAUCCAUCCGUCUGUCCGUCCCUCCCAUUCUUGCUAAUGUGGUAUCUCAAAAGAAUGCCAAAUUUGGCACCAAUGUCCACUUGGACACAACCAUGACCUGAUUAAAUUUUUGUGGUCAUUGGUCAAAGGCCAAGGUCAGUGUAACCUUGCAUCAGCCUCAAUCUCAUGAACACGACUCCUCUCGAACGCCUGGAUGGAAUUUUUUUGAAUUUGGCAAAAAUAUCCUCUUAGACUGAAGAAUUUGGUGGUUGAAGGUCAAAGGUCAAAGUCAGUGUGACCUCACAAAACACAUUUUGGUUAUAACUCAAGAAUUCCUACACUAACUAUAUGACACAAAUGUCUAAUAGGAUAAAAUGAUGAAUUGAAGACAUUGUAUAUACAAAAGGUCAAAGGUCAGCUUCACUGUGACAUCAUAAUGUUCUGCAUAAAACAGUGUGUUGCCCGGGGGAAGAUGUUUGUGAAGCACCGGAGUUUUCACAGGUGUGGAUGUGAUCCAAACUGCAUUGUAAAUAUUUGGAUUUGCACCUUAUUUUUAUUGUAUAUGAUAUUUUUUUUUUUUAUAGUAACUGCUGCACAGCAAGUUGCAAUUUUAUCUUAACCACAGACUCUGUGUUUGAUGUGUUGUUAAGUGCAUAUACUAUAAACCAGUGGGACUCAACUCAUGGCCCAUGGGCCACAUUUGGCCCACGACAGGGUGCCAGGUGGUCGACCAACCUCUUACUAGUUCACAAUGGAAAAAACUGAUUCAAAUUGGAUUUUUUUUGUGUGCUUUGAAUCUAAAUUAGCUGCCAGAGUGCAAAAAAGCAUCAAAAUAGAGCUUGUUUUCUGAGGUCAGGGCUACGUCCCCAAUGUCCUCAAGUCCUAAAAAACACCCCCACGUACAGUAAACAUCAGGGGGUUGAAAACAGGCAACUCAUUUGUUAUAUUUACUGAUAAAUAUUUUAAUGUUUCUUUAUUAACUGGUUGUCCUUUUGCAAAAGUUGCCCCUGAGCACGGCAAGUUGAGCAUCCCUGCUGUAAACUGAAGCUACAAACCACAAAUAUAAAAUUGUUUUAACAUAUUUUAUGUCUGAGAUCUUUUAAAAAUGUUGUAAUCAAAUCAAUGUACUCAUUGUUCACUGUUCUCUGUUGCAAAAGCUAACCAGCAAAUAUCAUUUAAUCUAUGUACAACAUCAUUUUGUUCACAUAGCUGUGAUUGUUAGUGGAUUAAAAUGUAUAACCAAGAUAAAUAUGAACAAUCAAUAAACUGAAGUUUGUGAAAAAA